UUUUUGUUUGUUUUUUUUUAAGGCCACAUCAUCUGCUUCGCGGAGCCCGGGGCGGGGGGAAGAGCGAUGAGCAGCGACUAGCUCUCGGGGGACGUGUGUCCGGGGCAGUCUGCCUGACACCGGGGUUUUGGAGCACCCGAGCUGCACCCACACGUUUUGAACACCACAGAAUCUUAGAGUGGUUUGAUUGGAAGGGAUUUUUAAGGACCACCUCGUUCCAACCCCCUUGCAGGCCCACCGUCCACUAGACGAGGUUGUCCCAAGCCCCGUCCAGCGUGACCCUGAACACUUCCAGGGCAUGCACAGCUUCUCUGGCAGCCCCCUGAGCCUUUUGUAACCAAACCCACACGUGAUCGUCCCCAGGAAGGGCCAUGGCUGGGGACUGCUGCCCGCCCGGAGAGGCAGCACUGCUCUUUCCGUAGUUUGGAGGAGCCAGCAUGGCUCUAAGGAGCUCCCAGUGCAUCCAGAGCGGAUCUCUUGGCCACAGUGUCGGUGCUCCGGGGCCGACGGCAGCCGCGCGUAUGCAGACGGCACCAUCCAAGGACUCUUGUGGAGCCCACUAGCUGCUUACAGGAGCCGAACACAUCUCAAGGUGCCUUUCCACUAGAGGGAGCAGCACAGGCAGCCUACUCAGGAGCUGACAUGCAGCAGAAGAUCAGCUCUUUUUUUAAUUCCAUCUUGGAGCUCAUCCGUUCCAAGCAUGAGGAAGGCAUCUUCAACACCAUCUGCCUGGCUGUACUCUUGGGUCUACCCUUCGUUGUCCUCAUUGCUUUCAUUUUCAUCUGCUGCCACUGCUGCUUCUGCAGACGGAGGAAAGAAAGCACAAGGAAAGGUGGCUCCAGCAGCAAUGGGCAGCUGCAUGCUGAGAGGAGCAAGAAGAAAAAGAAGAAGAAGAAACAGGAUGAAGAGGACCUGUGGAUCUCGGCUCAGCCCAAGCUGCUCUUGCUGGACAAGAGACCCUCCUUGCCUAUCUAGCAGACAGGAGGGUGUUCAGGUCCUCUCCCCUGAGAUGCCACCAUUCCUUUCACCUGUGCACCAGGAGGGGUGAGGAGAUACCAAAGCUGCUGCCACUUGUGGUGAUUUUCAACAGAGGCUGAGGAAGGGCCAACAGAAAACAAGGUGGUCAGGUACAGGUUGUGCAAGCCUCUUUUCCCCCACCAUUACAGUAUGCCCCGGGGCAGAGACUCCUGCAAAGGACAGGUGCAAGCACAAGGGUGACCUGCCACCGGGUCCUACGUACCUCCUGCCACGAGCACAGUGCACACACGUGGGGCUGGCACACAGCAAAGGGGGUACGAGGCUCUCCUUUUUCACUCACCUGCAAGCACACGCGCUGAGGCACUGACAAAGGUGCUCAGAACAGCAUUCACCCAAAGACCAAGCCACCUGCAUGCUCCCCCUUCGCAACAUAGACAGCUGUGAGUGAAGCAGGCACACACACCUUGUUUGCUUGCCCUGCCAUGGAGAUGGCACAGCUUCACUGUCUAGGCUCCGUCCAAAUCCAACUCCCUUUGAAGACACAAAGUCGAGUUACCCCACAGCUCGAAGAUGUGCCAUCUCCCAGGCUACCAAACCAAAGUCACUUGGCUGAAGUGACUGAAGCUAGAUGCCCUCAGCCCAACCUUGGAGACCUCAGGCACCAUCCUAAGGCAGCACAGCAGAAGGACACCUUACCACAUAGGCUAGAGGCAGGAAAGAGAGAGGAGGCUGCCAAACCAGCCCUUUUGCACCAGCACUUAACACAUUCCUUGAAAGACUGUUUUAUACACAUUAAAGAGCCCACCAUGCUACUGCAAGAGCAGAAACAUAGCCUGAGGCUGUGUAAGAGCUUUGCUACAGGCAUUAGAGUUAUUUAUUGAAUGACUACUAAAGAAGAGCAGGACCAGAGGCCCCUCUGGAGUGGAGCCAGGCACAUGGAAGCAGUAUUGAAGCAGCAGACUUGGUUUCCUGGCACACUCAGCCAUCACCUCUCCCUGCUGCCCUCGUGCCAUGUGUCAGACACAGACCCAUAAGCAUGUGCUGCCCCAGCUGAUGCCAGCAGCUAACAGGACCAGACACAGCUCUCUCUCCUGCUCUGUUUCCCACCUGCCCUGCUCUGGCUUGUGUUCCUUUAUGUCCCUUGAGCUGGGGGGUCUCCUCUGCUCCCCACUCUCGGCCGCACCAGGUUCUGUCUCCCCCUUGUCUUUUAGCAUUGAGGGAUGCAUGUGUGUGAUGAGAAACCUCAUCACAUCUGGGUUUUGCCCUGUCUGUACACUGGAUGUCUUCUCUUCCAGUUCUUAAGUUGCUGGAGCAGACCAGAGCUGCCAGCCAGAGACAGGCAUCUGUGGAAUAAGCAGCAAAACCCAGAUGGGCAAGCCUGGUCAGAACUGCUGGGCACAGGUGCUUCCAGCCCAGGCAAGGGUGAUGCCACCUUUCCCUCACUUGGAGGACAAAGCCACUGGCUGGAAGCAGCUGCUUGUGCCACUGGGUCCCAGCACAGCCUGUUUUGUCCGAUGCAAGCAGAACAAUGAUGGAGACAUUGUGCCACAGGGUCUGGCUGUGUGUGGCUGUGUUGGGAACAGCAUGAGCUCCUCCUCACACAGCCAUUUAAAUUGACCCCAUAUGUGCCUUAUUUUCCAGUUUGCUUUGUCACAAUUGAAAUUACUGACUCCUUCUGCUCCAAAACAGGAAGCAACAUAUAAUGGUAUAAAAAUUCGGAUUUGCCACAUGCUGUGCUAGGAAACCCAGACAUAGCUCUGAUCUCUAUCCCAAGCUCCUAGCCAAGAUCUUGGAGAACUAGCAUUUCACUUGUAUUAUUCCUUCUUCAUUCCCUCCUUUCCCCAUCCAGGUACUUUUCUCAGCCCUCCUGACUCCACACUCACAGGGUGGCCAAAAGAGCCCCAUGCAGGUGCUGUGAUCCAGAGGCAUGAGCAGCCCUGGAGGCAGGGUGGUGCUGCUUGGGGAAACCAAGAAAAAUCAGAGUAAAGGGAACAUGAUGGGAGGCCAGAGGCUUAGCCAGGCUAGCAGGGCAUGGAGGCAGCAAGCACUGUCAGAGUACAGCCUACCUGGUGUGGAGGUGCCAGGCUUUGUAGGGCUUCCUGCAGGAAGGCUUUUCUGCAGAAAGCAUAGCGCGUAACUCUUCAGGUGAGGGCAGUCAAUUCCUGCAAGAACCAGAGAACUGCUAGGAAAAUGUGGGCAUUGUAUCACACACAUCUCCAAAUCCAGGCUUUGGGGAGUUCAGAGCUAGAUCUGAAUUUCAAGAGCUCCUCAAAAUCAUCAUUCAAACCACCCUUGGGCUGGGCAGGGAGGGACCAGGCUACAACCCUGCCCUGAUCAUCCAACCAGUCUGAGCCUCUGCACUCCCUAAAGCACGGGGGCUGGUUUCUGUGGUAUCUGCUGCUUGAGCCAAACCAUGCACUGAAUCAGCUGCUUCUGGAGGGAAAAGCAAAAGAGCAGCAACAGCCUGAGGUGCACUAGAACCUGUUACACACCAGCUGGGCAGCAGCAACCCUGCAGGACCUGCAUUACCAAGGGGGCAGAGAUGCACCGUGCAGAAAGUCCACUGCACGGUCCCUGCUCUGCAGACACCCCAGCCCUGCCUCCCACAUCUGCAUUUCAGUGUCAACCUUCCAUUUUCCUGAACAAGUCCAUGCAACAGGGAACAAAACAAAUUCUGUGCAAUCUUUUUUAAAACCAAAAAUAAAUGACUCUUGAACUGCAAACAAACACUGUA